AUGGCAUGGGAUUACUCACUAAUCAUCAAGCGUUUUCUCUUUGAAGCUGUCGACGCCUACGCAUCUCCUUUAUACUUGGGAGUAAUUCUAGUAGAUUGGAAUGCUCUUCACUCUCUCCUGCUCACCACCUUCGCAACAGACUCUAUUCGACGUCUAAUUGUUGAAUGUCUUAUACCCUAUCUAAGCUCUCGUAUCCGCAGUCAUCGGGCCAUAUCGGGAAAGAAAAAGCGCGACGGUACUGUACCCUUGAAAGUUGAUAUCGAUGCCGAUAAAGCCAAAGCGAUCAAGGAGGCCGCAUUCGGUGUUGAAUACGAACCAUUUGAUGACUUUCUGGAGAUGGCUCUGGAACAUGGAUAUAUUGUUCUCUUUGCAGUGGCUUGUCCCCCCUAUCUGGCUUGCAUGGCAUUCCUCUGUGCUUGGGUUGAAUCCUUUUUUGAUGGAUUCAAGCUCCUUAAAUUGUUUAGACGUCCAGUGCCUCAAUGGCUGCACAGAAAACAGAAUGUCUGGCUCAUGAUGCUCUCAAUCCAAGCCUGGAUGGCACUCUUCACCAACCUCUGUCUGCUCGGGAGUCGUACUGAUUGGAACCUUUCCACUCUUAUCCUUCUAGAACACGCGCUUAUUGGAAUUGGCUUGAUAAUCGAAUUGGGUUUCUCAAAUACCCCAAUUGCAGCAAGGAAUGCCUUUCAUAAGAGGACAUAUGAACUCUACAGUCAAAAUGCGCCCGCCAAGUAA